UAUCUAUCAUAAAGAUAAUGCUUCCUACUAACACUUGACAGGCACGAUGAGCGCAUCCCGAGUAGGGAAAGCCUCGCUGAAGAAAGCGGGAUCCGUUCCAGGCCCGCAGAGACUCAAUAGCCAAAUCCCCCAUCCACAAACAAGAAACCUCCCCAAACGAGCAAACCCACUGCUCGUAAACCCACUCCCCUCAGCGACAGCCCCAAAACAUGGUAUCUCCCCCCGUAUCAUGACCUUCAUGGGCAUCAGCAUGCUCACCAUAAGCACCUACUGCGGUUUCCUCUACGCCUCGUAUACCCGCGAAGUGAGCCAAUCGCAAUCCCUCUCCGUCCCGCAAGAUGUCUCAGACCGCUACAACCACACAGCGUCCACCUUUGACGCCGAUGUCGACAUGUCAGAGAGGCUGAUGCGGCUGGGCAGAAAACGACACGAUCUUAUUCAAAUGGCCAGGGGGGAUGUGCUCGAGGUCAGCUGCGGUACUGGCAGGAAUCUCGCGUACUAUGAUCUGAGCCAGGUGCAAGGACAGGGGCAGGGACAAGGGGCGGAGCGCGGACAAGGAUAUGGACAAGGGCAGGGACAGGGGUUGUUGAAGGGCUGCCGGAGCAUCACGUUUAUUGAUAUCAGCUCGCAGAUGGUGGAUAUUACACGACAGAAGUUCGAGAGGAUGUAUCCACGGUUUGUGCAGAGAGUGAGUUUUGCCGUGGCAGACGCGGGUGUCGUCAACCCGUCAAUGGCGGCAGUGACAGCUGCAGGCGCAGCAAAACUACGCUAUUUCGAUACAAUCGUGCAGACAAUGGGUCUCUGUUCGAUGUCAGAUCCGGUGGGCACGCUGCAGCAUCUGGGUUCUAUCACAGAGCCACAGCACGGGCGGAUUCUCCUCCUCGAGCAUGGUCGGUCGUACUAUGACUGGUUGAACCGGGUGCUCGAUAACCUGGCUCCUGCUCAUGCGGAUAGACACGGAUGUUGGUGGAAUCGGGAUAUCGGGAAGAUCGUACGGGAAAGUGGGCUAGAGGUUGUGGAGGAGAAGAGGUGGCAUUUUGGGACGACAUGGCGUUAUGUGCUGAGGCCAAGGAUAAAGUCGGGUUGAUUGUACGAGACAUCCUUGUAUUAUAUCGAUUGUAUUAUAUUAGUUCUUUGUUCGUGAACCAGUCAUCGCCAUCGCCUCCUGGCUACUUCGUAUAGCAGCUGACCAUUGAAUCUUAGGCUUAUCUUGUCAUGUAGAAUUGCAAUUAAAUCCCCACAAGCUGGC